AUGGAAUUUAGUUUACCAACUCAUUCAUUAAAACACUUCACGGCUGUACUUAAAUGUUUUAAAUCAUUUUCAGAUCAAGUUCAUCUCAAUGCACUCGAAGAUUGUUUAAAAUUAUCAGCUGUUUCACCUACUCGAUCAACUUAUGCCAUCGCUAAUCUUCAUGAAUCUUACUUUGAUCAUUAUCAUUUAAAUUCAAAUCAAUUAGGUAUCAUUGAAGUUUUAACUAAACCAUUAUAUAAAAUCUUAUCACAAAAAACCUUUCAUGCAUCAAUUGAAUCUUGUCAAAUUUCAAUUCAAACUGAUCAUCAAUCUACUCAUCUAGCCAAAAGAAGACAUCAAACUUCCACUUUAGAUCCAAGUAAUUCGAGCAAUCGUAUCAAAAUCCAACUUUUCUUAUCAGUAGGUAUCAUUAAAUCAUUCUCAUUACAAUUCUCAACGAUCUCAAGAUCAUUAAAUCCGAUUGAUAUUAGAUCAUUAAACAGUCCGAAUUAUUGGAUCUCUCCUUCAAAUCAUCUUAAACAAUGGAUCGAUCAUUUCAUUAGUCAUCCUAAUCUGAUUGGAACUUCUACUUCGGGUUUGAAUACUAGACAAGCUUUAGAAUCGAAUGAAGAACUUAGUUUUUGUUUUCAUAGUGAUGGUAAGGUUUUGAUGAAGACGGUGAAUUUGUCGGAUGAUUCAGAUCAAUCGAUCAUCGUUCCUAGAAUCAAUGAUAUCUUUUCGAAAGGCGCUCGUCAAGUAUCUACAGUCUUAACGAUCUCAUCCAACGAAUUUGAAGACUAUCACGUCAAUUUUCAUUCACCAGAACCAUCCAACACUCAACAAAAAUCGGUACCCGAGAUGAUCAUCAUCACUAUUUCGAUGAAAGAGUUUCGAUCGAUUGUCGAAUUAGGUACUACGAUUGAUGCACCCAUCGAUGCAGGUUUCUCGAUGGGUGGACGACCGUUUUAUAUUUCGAUUUCAACUUCGGAUGAAAGUUUAUCUUUAGAUUUCAUCUUGGCUAGUACGGGUGGUGAAGAGUUGAGUGGAUUAGAUCAAAUUAGAUCAGAUCAUGAAAAAUCGGUUCAUUCUUCAAGACCUUUAAAUCAAACUAGAGUUCAUCAAGCUCAAGCUCAAGAGAUGAGAGGAUCAGUUUCGAAUCAAUCAAGAGUUUCAGUCAAUCAUCGUCAACCGGUUCAAAGUACUCCGAUCGCAGGUCCUUCAAGAAACAAUGGACUCUUUCGACACGAAGCACCGGAUCCUGAUCGAACAGAACUUAACGGUCAAGACGAGUUUGGAAAUGAAGAUGAGAUGAAUGCAUUAGAUCAACUUGAUGAAGGACAAUUGGAAGAACUUGAACAACAAGCUAUUCUACAAAGUCAAGCUCGUCAAUCGCAACGCUUACAAUCUCAACCAUCUAAUUCUGCAAUUGAUCUGAGAAUGAGAAAUGAUCGUCAAGAGAAUGGUGGUGGUGAUGAUGAUGAUGAUCGACUUUUACCCACACAAGAUCCUGAACAGGCUUCUAAGUUACCAAAGGGAAAGUGGAGAUUGUUUGAUUAA